AUGAAAGCGACGCCUCUCCUGCUGACUGCAUUCUAUGGGCACAGACAAGUGUAUGACUUCCUUGUAAGUAAAGGUGCUGAUGUAUCCCUGGUAGGUGUUGACGGUAGCAACAUUCUGCAUGUGGAAUCUGAAGGUGGACAUGAGGAGGUGGUGAAGUGUGUCCUUUCACAAAAUAUUGUUGACAUCAACAGCAGAGACGAAAGGGGAAGGACACCGGUGAUGCGAGCUGUAUAUUUUGGACAUAGAGACGUGUACAACCUCCUUGUAAAUAAAGGAGCUGAUGUUUCCAUCGAAACUAAUGACGGUCGCAAUAUUCUUUAUAGCGCUGUUGCGGGUGGACAUGUGGACAUGGUGAAGUAUAUCCUUUCGCAACAUAUCGUUGAGAUCAACAGCAGAGAUAAGAAAAGGAAGACAGCAUUGAUGGUGUCAGCAUACGCCGGACAUAGAGAGGUGUUUGAUCUUCUUGUCAAUGAAGGAGCUGAUGUGUCCCUCGUAAAUGGUGACGGUCGCAAUAUUCUUUAUACUGCUGCUCAGGGUGGACAUGUGGGCAUGGUGAGGUCUCAACUGGCCAAUGUGGAUCCAAGCACUGCCUCCCGAAAUUUCGAUGUUUGGAGACUCGAAAUGGACAGGCUGUUUGUGUCAAAGUUUCAUGCACGUGACGUCCGAGAAUAUGUAGAGGACGUCAUGGAAAAUACUAAUUUGGAACUUAUAUGGAACAGGCUCGUAUUCAGCCUCAUAUUUAUCCAGGCCAACAAACCUGACAAUGUCUUUUUUGAUAAAUCCACUGACAACAUUUACAUCAUCGAAUUCUGGGCCCCCCUUAGCAGUAAUGAGUCAGGGAAAAGAUAUGGGUCAAAGAAGUUAACACCUCUCCUGCUGACUGCAUUCUAUGGGCACAGACACGCGUAUGACUUCCUUGUAAGUAAAGGUGCUGAUGUAUCCCUAUUAGAUGUUGACGGCGGCAACAUUCUGCAUGUGGCAUCUGAAGGAGGACAUUGGGAGAUGGUGAAGUGUGUCCUUUCACGAAAUAUUGUUGAGAUCAACAGCAGAGACAAAUGGGGAAGGACACCGGUGAAGCGAGCUGCAUAUUAUGGACAUAAAGGCGUGUACGACCUGCUUGCAAUAGCGGGAGCUGACAUUUGA